AUGGUUAGAUUAACUAGAAAACGAGCCAUUGAAAAUGAGUUGAAUGGUUCUCCACUAACCAAGACUCUCUCAAUGGAAUCAAUAUCAUCAUUAUUUAAACGCAAAAGAAAGAGAGGUGAAGACGAUACUGACACAACUAAAUCAACUUCAGAUAGUGAGAAUGCUACUGAUGUGGAAGACGAGAGCAACGAAGAUACUUUGAGUAAUCCUCCUCAUCACAAACGAAGAAAGAUUAAAACAAAGGAAGAAGAGGAAUUCGAGGCACGUGAAAGGGAAUUAGACGAGCAACUUCCAUCUGAACUUCGGAAAUAUAGACCAAGAGGUUAUGGCUUCAAUCUACCACCAGAAGGUAGACCAAUCAGAGUAUAUGCUGACGGUGUGUUUGACUUAUUUCAUUUAGGUCAUAUGAAGCAAUUGGAGCAGGCCAAAAAGGCAUUUGAUAAUGUUGAGUUAGUGUGCGGAAUUCCGUCUGAUGUCGAAACCCAUAAACGUAAAGGUCUCACGGUGUUAACAGAUAAACAACGAUGUGAAACGUUGAAGCAGUGUAAAUGGGUUGACGAAGUCAUCCCCAAUGCCCCAUGGUGUGUAACCCCUCAGUUUUUAAAAGAGCACAAGAUUGAUUAUGUUGCCCAUGAUGAUUUACCAUAUGCUAGUACUGAUAGUGAUGACAUUUACAAGCCCAUCAAGGAGGCGGGAAUGUUUUUAACUACGCAGAGAACUGAAGGUAUUUCAACUUCAGACAUUAUAACGAAAAUUAUUCGUGAUUAUGAUAAAUACUUGAUGAGAAAUUUUGCUAGAGGUGCCACUAGAGAAGACUUGAACGUCAGUUGGCUCAAGAAAAACGAGCUUGAGUUUAAGAAGCAUAUCAAUGAUUUUAGAACCUACUGGAUGAGAAACAAGACAAACAUCAACAAUGUUAGCAGAGAUUUGUAUUUUGAAAUUAGAGAAUUUAUGCGUGGUCGUAAGUUCAAUGUGAAGCAGUAUUUGGAAACGCACCAAAAUGGAGCAAAGCAGAGGAGACUUAAAAAUGGUUCUUUUGAUAGUAGAACAUUAACAACCGAUGAAGAAGAAGACUCACCAACAAAAGGGAGUCCCUUGUCUGAUUUUGCGUCAAAAUACAUUGGAAAUGCCAACAAGGAGUUAAACAAAACGGGAAAAGCAUUUUUCUCUUGGAUACAGGGGGACAAUGAUGAGGAGGAUGAUGAUGUUUUUGAUGAGGAUGCUGAUGAGAUUGAAGAGGAGGAGAUCAAACCGAUUGUGGUUAAGCCCGUGAGGAGAGCUAGACGCAGAAGCAGUAGUACUGGUAGCUCUGCUAGCGUGACCAGUACUCCUGUGAAACCAAAGUCAAGUACAGCAAAGGCCCCACUGACUACCCCCAAGAAGGCAGUAUCAGCAACUCCAAAGCCUGAGGUAAGUUCCAAAUCGAAAUCUUCAAGUACCCCAAAAACUGCGCUGGCUACACCAAAGAAGAAAGCUUCAAAAGGGAAAUCUUCAUCUGAAUGA